AUGUCCAGUUUGUCGGAGCAGAUAAGAAGUUUUCUUUCAUUAGAAUUUACUCCAUUAAUCAAUCUGAAAUCGAGGAAGUUAAAGGAUGCUUACACUAUCGAAUUUGCCAAUGGCCAAGAAAUAAAGGUUAGGGACGUAAUCUUGGGUUGUACUUUAAAUUUAGCUGAUAAGUUAUUUACUAUUGAUCGUAUCCCAAUUAAAUUGGGAAGUUUCGAUGUAGUGGUAGGAAUGGACUGGUUGUCUAAGAAUCGAGCGGAGAUUUGUUGCUUUGAGAGGAUUGUGAGAAUACCUUACCAAGACGGAGAAACCCUUUCUAUACAAGGGGAAAAACCUGGAAGGAGUUUAAAGUGUGUUGCAUUCUUGGCUCAUGUAUCGGAAAGGAAAUAUGAGGAAAAACAUAUCCAGGAUAUUCUUGUGGUGAUAAAUUAUCCAGAAGUAUUUCCGGAUGAUUUGUUAGGGCUUCCUCCAUUUAGACAGGUCGAAUUCUGA